AAGAUUGCAAUUGGGAGAGAGAGAUGGCUUGUGUUGCUUUAACUUCUCUGAUUAGAAGCAUUGAGAUUGAGUUCCUGCAACCCACAUCAAGGGUGAAGCUGUCUCUCCAUCGACCACUAAUCAAAUCUUUCCAUGCGAACCUUUCUUGUUUGCAAGCCUUUCUCCAGAACAAAUCCAGUGGUGAUGGAGAUGGAGAUGGAGAUGGAGAUUUAGAAAUCCAAAUCAGAGACUUUGCACUCCAAGCUGAAGAUGACAUUGAAUCACAAGUAAGCAACUUCCUUUUAGCUCUCUUAGCCAAAGGCCCCAAACAUGAAGAAGAAGCUUCCCAGGAGCUCCGUCAAACCCUGCGAAAAGCAGCCAAAAUUGCGGCAGAGUUGUUGCAGAUUAUCAACAAAGAAAAGGAGCAUGAGAGAAAGAUGGCUUGUGUUGCUUUAACUUCUCUGAUUAGAAGCAUUGAGAUUGAGUUUCUCCAACCCACAUCAAGGGUGAGGAUGUCUCUCCAUCGACCACUAAUCAAAUCUUUCCGUGCAAACCUUUGUUGCUUGCAAGCCUUUCUCGACAACAAAUCCAGUGGUGAUGGUGAUGCACUCAGAGAUUUAGAAAUCCAAAUCCGAGACUUUGCACUCAAGGCUGAAGACGACAUUAAAAUUCAACUUAGCAACACCUUUCUUGCUGAAGUCGACAUUGAAAUACAACUUAGCAAAAGAGAAAAAGCUUUCCAUAAACUCCAUCAAACAUUGGAAGAAGCUGCAAAAAAUGCAGCAGAGCUAUUGUCGGAGUCAUGUGUAAGUGAGAGAGAGAAGGCUAGUGUUGCUUUAACUAUUCUCAUCACAAAAUUUAAGCAUUGCAUUAAUUUGCCACGAUUCCCAGAGGUGUAUUUUGGUGGUGCAGCAGCAAUGGAAUCUUUCUUAGAAAUGCUUUUUUCUCUGCGAGCCUGCUUAUUGCAGGAGGGGAAUUCCAAUUCCAAUUCUAAUUCUGGGGCUGCAAUCACAAAAUUGGAAACCAAAAUCAGAGUCUUCGCACUCAAGGCUGAAGAUGGCCUCCAAAUACAACUAAACAACUUCCUUCUAGCCAAACACACCUCCAAAGAAGAAGCCCAGAAGCUCAGUCAAACCUGGCAAAAAGCAGCUGGAUUUGCGACAGAGUUGUUGAAGAGCAUCAAAAAAGAAAAAGCUUCACAAGAAGCAGCAGAAAGGGCAGAAGUGUUUUUGAACUGUAAUAAAAGAAGCAAUGAAGAAGUUGAUGAAGAUGAGGCAAAUCAAAUUCAACCAUUAAAACAUGCUGCAGCUUCCAAUUCUCCCAAUGUUGUUGAGUCUGAGGGCAGAAUGGUUGGUCGUCACCAUGAUUGUACAGUCAUAAAGGACCAACUCUUUUCUUCCCAUUUUCAAAAACUAAUGAUAAUCUCAAUUGUUGGAAUGGUGGGUAUUGGAAAGACUACUGUAGCAAGAAAUGUGUAUGAAGAUCCAUCAGUUUCAUCGCAUUUUGAUGUAAGAGGUUGGGUUACUAUACCUCAACACUACAAUAAGAGCAGAAUGCUAAUCGACCUUCUUCAGUCAAUGACACCAGUGGAGCCAAAUGUAAUUAAAAAGGGAAGCACUCCAAAUCAACUAGAAAUGCAGGUACGCGAAUGCUUACGUGGUAGGAUGUAUCUAAUUGUUUUGGACAACAUUAUGAGCAAUCAAGCUUUGACUGACAUCAAACAGUGUGUUCCUGAUGACAAGUUUGGAAGUUGCAUAUUACUAACCACUAGACACUUCAACCUAACCGACCGAUAUAAAUACUUGAGCUGCUAUAUCCAUAACAUGACUUUGCUAGAUCCAAAAGAAAGUUGGGAACUGUUUUGUAAUAUCCUUUCUAUUGAUGAAGAGCACUUGGCCCCUAAAUAUAAAAAAAUUAGGAACCAUGUUGUGGAGAAAUGUGAUGGAUUACCCCAGUUAAUUGUUGAAGUUGCCAAGCGUUUAUCUAAAUGCAACAACAUACAACAAGGGUGGAAGAAGAUUGAGAAGGAAUUAGAAUCAUUGGGAUUUCUAGAUCACAAUGAACUCAUGGUCGGUUACAAUAUGUUACCAGAUUCUUUGAAAGUAUGCUUUCUAUACUUUGGAGUCUUCCCAAAACGUAACAAAAUUCUAGUUAAAAUGCUUAUAAGGUUGUGGAUUGCUGAGGGAUUUGUGAAGCCAUUGGAUCAUAACGAGUUAGAAGAUCAAGUUUAUGAGUACUUACAAGAGCUUACUAAUAGAAGCCUUCUCUUACUUGAAGAUCUAAGUUUUGAUGGCAAAAUCAAGACUUGUAGAAUGCAUAGUGCUAUGCAUAGCUUCUGUGUUGUACAAGCUCAGAGAGAAGUUAUUUUUUGUGCAGUAAAUACUCAGCAACAUUUAGGACUGCCAUUAAAAGCAUUUGCAAAUUCAUGUCGUUGGCUAAGUUUGUACUCACACAGUUUUGACUAUUAUGUGCUCUUUGAUAUGAACAUCGCUCGCUCCAUUUUCUUCUUUCAUGAAAAUCCAGAAAUGUUUGUUCCUCCCAAGCUGUUAAGAGUUUUGGCUUUUGAUACUUCUAUAUCACUUCAAAGAGUGCCAGUGCAAUUAGGGGGUUUAGUUUUUCUGAGAUACCUAUCCAUAACACAAUGGUUCGAAGAUCUGGAUGAUGUAGUGUCAGAUAAUCCAAAUUUAGAGACACUUGUUGUUUCUGGUAAUGGAGCACCAACUGUCCAUUUGCCAUCUAGUAUUUGGAAGUCACCACACUUAAGGCAUCUUGAACUUGGCAGUUCAUAUAUGGUUGGUCCUCCAAGUGCAGAUAAAAAGAAUUUACAAACAUUAUCUUGGGUGGUGAGACCGGUUCAUUGCAGAAUGAAGGUGUACAAAAAGUUCCCUAAGAUAAAAAAUCUGAAAAUUUUGCUAAAGGAUGACUUAGAUCCCGGUCACAUUGGAUUAUAUUCCCGCAAUCCUACUAUUUUGGAUCAUUUUAACUAUUUGGAAGGGCUUGAGAAGCUUAGCAUUUCGGUUUCUAUUGGUUGCAAUGCAGCCCUUCCAAAACAGUGUAGGUAUCCUUUAGGACUAAAGAAGUUGAAGUUGAGUGGGACUUAUAUUUCUGAGAGCGAUUUAAACGUUAUUGCCAAGUUACCCGAGCUUAAGGUGCUCAAGUUGGAAAAUGCCUUCCAUGGAACAGUAUGGAAUGUUGCUCGAGGAGGAUUUCCUAAAUUAAUAUCCUUGCUCCUUGAAGCUAAAGAACUCAAGCAGUGGGUACUUAGCAACCCGGGUGACCUUUGGGAGCUCAGACACUUAGUCUUAAGAUCUUGUAAUUGUUUGGAACAGAUACCAAAGUGUCAAGGUUACAAGUUGAAAUCCAUUGAGUUGAAGGGGUGUCACUCUUCCCUUGUCACUUCUGCCAAGCAGUUUCAACAGGAUUUUAAAUACAGAAAUAUUGAGAUCAAAAUCCUGGACCCCAAAUAUGAUAAAUCACAGAAUACAGAUACAGAAGUGUCUAUGUAAGACGACUUUGGCAGCCUCACAGUAUAUACGGAGUAACUGUUACAAAAUGAGUAUCCAGAAGUUGGUAAUAGAUGCUACUGAAACGUGGGCUCAAGAUUGAGCUGUCUGUCAAAAAGACAGUGGAUCACCAAACAUUGUGAAAGAGAUAGAUCUAAUGUUGAUGUUUUGUCUUUUUGAAGAAAUCAUGUUGGUGACUCCGGCAAGCUGCCACAGAUACUGAAUGACACCUUCAAUUUUGAUCAGAUCCUAAAUGGCAGGGCUCAAGAGUAUCCUCUCAAAUGGACAAUGGUCAAUUUUUCCUCACCGAACAUAGUGAAGGAGAUGCAUGUUAGUCAUUUACGAUGUACUGUCAUUGGUGAAACCCUUGAUAGUGCGUUUGAGUUAACUAAUAUGUUUGGCGUUUUUCAUAAGAAGCAUGUUGGUGGCUAUGACAGGCAGGGUGAUUCAUCUGGUGCCUAUAGAGAUUAUAUGACUUUACAUGCCUAAUGCCAGUGCAAUUAGGGGGUUUAGUUUUUCUGAGAUACCUAUACAUAACACAAUGGUUCGACGAUCUGAAUGAUGUAGUGUCAAAUAAUCCAAAUUUAGAGACACUUGUUGUUUUUGGUGAUGGAGAACCAACUGUGCAUUUGCCAUCCAGUAUUUGGAAGCCACCACAAAUCCACAAUUAAAGCAUCUCAAACUAGGCAAUUCAUAUAUGGUAUAUCCUCCAAGUGCAGAUAAAAAGGAGUUAAAAACAUUAUCUUGGGUGGUGAGACCAGUUCAUUGCAGAACAAAGAUGUACAGCAAGUUCCCUAACAUAAAAAAUCUGAAAAUUUUGUUGAAGGAUGGGAUAGAGCUCCCCAGUCACAUUGGAGGAUGUUGCAAUAGUCCUAUUUGUUUGGAUCAUUUUUACUAUUUUAAAUGGCUUGAGAAGCUAAGCAUCUCAGUUUCUAUUGGUUGCAAUACAGCCCUUCCAGAAUUGGCUAGGUAUCCUUCAGGACUUAAGAAGUUGAAGUUGAGUGGAACUAAUAUUUCUGAGAGGGACUUAAAUGUAAUUGCCAAGUUACCCCAGCUGAAGGUGCUCAAGUUGGAAAAUGCCUUCCAUGGAAAAGUAUGGGAAGUAGCUAAAGGAGGAUUUCCUGAAUUAAUAUUCUUGCUCCUUGAAGCUAAAGAACUCAAGAAGUGGGUACUUAGCUCCUCGACUGACUGUUGGCAGCUCAGACACAGAGUCUUCAAAUCUUGUAAUCGUCUGAAACAGAUGCCAAAGGAUCUUACAGGUUACAACUUGGAGUCAAUUGAGUUGGAGGGGUGUCGCUCUUCCCUUGUCGCUUCUGUCAAGCAGUUUCAACGGAAGAAAAGUUCCAAAAAUCUUAAGAUCAAAAUCACAGAGUACCGAUACAGAUGUGUCUACAGACACAUUGGGCAGGUGAUGCAUAACCGUACCCUUCAAAUCAGUCUAUGUUUCCUUUCCUACGGGAGAAGUUGAGAUCAAGUGGCCGCGCGGUUUAAUUUCUCAGAUAGGCAUUUAACAGUAAUUGGCAUGUUGCGUCAGCUUAAGAAACUUAAUCUCUCUGAUUUUAGUUUCUGUUGUCGCUGCUGCCAUGCAGAUUCAAAAGGGCUGCAUCCAUUACGAAGAAGAAUGUUUGAGAUCAAAUUCAAAUUCAAUGGGCUUGAAUACGAGGAAUCACCGUAUCCAUAUGUAGAGACUGAGAUAACAGUGAAUUAAGUGGUAUUAGAAAAAUGGCAGGCGAUUAAGGAUAAACUUCCUCAAUUCAACAUCAUAGAAAGAAGCAGUUUUGAAUAGCUCAAGGCAAUGGAUGGCUGAAUAGUAGAGUUGCUAUCUUUGAUCAAGAGUUGUGUGAAUAAAAGUUUUUGAACUGGGAAGCUGGUAGUGCUCAAGCUAUUGGAAAUGUUGAGAAUGGAUCUGCUCAUCUCGGGAUUUGAGGAGGUUAUCUUUGCGCAUAUUAUGAGGGAAGGAAAUAGGUGUGCUGAUUUUCUUGCCAAUCUCGGUCAAUCUGCAGAAAUAAGAACGACAGUUCUUGAAUCUUGAGGCCCUUCCGGAAGAUAUGUUGAGGCUCCUGGUUGUUGAUGCUAGCGGAACAAGAUUUAGAAGAGUCAGAUAGUGUCCGCUUAGGGCGGUGGUGGUUAUCACCAAAAAAAAAAAAAAAA